ACGCGCUGCCGCGCGGCUCGGGCUCAGCCAGUCUACCUGUGGAGGAUCUGCGGGAGUGCGGCCGCGAUGAGCUGGGGGUUGCUGCUUGCGUUGUGCGCGCUGCUUCUGCUCGUGGUGCAGCUGCUGCGCUUCCUGCGGGCGGACGGCGACCUGACCCUCAUGUGGGCCGAGUGGCAGGGAAGACGCCCAGAAUGGGAGCUGACUGAUAUGGUGGUAUGGGUGACUGGAGCAUCAAGUGGAAUUGGUGAGGAGCUGGCUUACCAGCUGUCUAAACUAGGAGUUUCUCUGGUGCUAUCAGCCAGAAGAGUGGAAGAGCUGGAAAGGGUGAAAAGAAAAUGCCUUGAGAAUGGCAGUUUAAAAGGAAAAGAUAUACUCGUUUUGCCCCUUGACCUCACCAACACAAGUUCCCAUGAAGCGGCUACCAAAGUUGUUCUCCAGGAGUUUGGUAAAAUUGACAUUCUGGUCAACAAUGGUGGACGAUCUCAGCGUUCUUUGUUUGUGGACACCAGCCUGGAUGUCUACAAGGAGCUAAUAGACCUUAACUACCUAGGGACGGUGUCCUUGACAAAGUGUGUUCUGCCUCACAUGAUUGAGAGGAAGCAAGGGAAGAUUGUUAUCGUCAACAGCCUCAUGGGUAUCAUAUCUGCGCCCCUUGCCACUGGGUAUUGUGCCAGCAAACAUGCUCUUCGGGGUUUUUUUAAUGGACUCCGAGCUGAACUUGUCACAUACCCAGGUAUCACAGUUUCUAACAUUUGCCCGGGACCUGUGCAGUCAAAUAUUGUGAAGAAUGCCGUGACUGAAGAAGUGACGAAGUCUGUAGGUAAUCCUGGAGAUCAGUCCUACAAGAUGGCAACCAGUCGUUGUGUGCGGUUGAUGCUAAUCAGUAUGGCCAAUGAUUUGAAAGAAGUUUGGAUCUCGGAUCACCCUUUUUUGUUAGCAGCAUAUUUGGGCCAAUAUAUGCCAACACUGACCUUCUGGAUAAUCGGCAAGUUAGGGAAGAAAAGGAUUGAGAAUUUUAAGAGUGGUUUGGAUGCAGAUUCCUCUUAUUUUAAACCCUUGAAGAAAAAACAUGACUGAAGGAGCACUGUACUUUUCAAGCCACUGGAGGGAGAUGGAAAACAGCAAUCUCUUUAUACACUCAAGACUGAUUUGUAAUUUUACUUAUUAAUAGAUAUAACUUUCCUUUCAACAUGUAAUGAAUAAUAAAAGAUUGCCGUGCACCUCGCAAUAAAGAUAUUAACACAUAUUA